AUGGCGUCGGGUGGGCGCCUGGCGCGCUGCUGGGGGCCGCGGCUCCCGCUGCUCCGGCUGGCGCUGCUGCUGGCCUGCGGGGCCGCCCUGGCGCCUGGGCCCGCCGCCGGGGCCGCCUCCCAGCCCGGGAGAUGGAGCCUCCGGGCCCGAGGGGUGAGUGGGGGGCGGAAGGGGCGAGGGGCGGCCGGGAGAGGGCAAGGAAGGCGAAGGGGGGAUAGGAGCAGAAGGGGCAGCUCAUGCAGUGUAAUACGCAAGCAAUAGGAUAUAGUCAAGAUAUUAUAAUUAAUAUGUAGCGUGGCAUGAUAGAGGACCAUGAAGAAGGGGGAAUAUUAGUAUAAUAGGCAAUUAAUACAAUUCAAUAUGUAAGUAAUAUGAUAUAGUCAAUAUAUUAUAAUUAAUAUAUAGUGUGGCAUGAUAUAGGACAAUUAAGAAGGGGGGAUAUUAGUAUAAUAAGCAAUUCAUGCAGUUUAAUACGUAAGUAAUAUGAUAUAGUCAAUGUAAUAUAGUCAAUAUAUUAUGAUUACAGUGGUACCUCGGGUUACAUACGCUUCAGAUUACAUACGCUUCAGGUUACAGACUCCGCUAACCCAGAAAUAGUACCUCUGGUUAAGAACUUUGCUUCAGGAUGAGAACAGAAAUCGCACGGCCCCAUUAGCUAAAGUGGUGCUUCAGGUUAAGAACAGUUUCAGGUUAAGAUCAGACCUCCGGAACGAAUUAAGUACUUAACCCGAGGUACCACUGUAAUACAUAGUGUGGCAUAAUAUAGUAUAAUUAAUAAGGGUUAUUAAUAUAAUAUACAAUUCAAUACAUAAGUAAUAUGAUAUAGUAAAUGUAAUAUGGUCAAUGUAUUAUAAUUAAUUCAUAGUGUGGUAUAAUAUAGUAUAAUUAAUAUAAUGCUUGUUGAAAUUAACUUCAAUAUAAUAAUGUGGGGUUCUUAUUUAUUUUCCAUUUUAUGAUAUAUGUUCACAUCAUAACACUCCACUUUACGCCCCUGGCUCUUUAGAGCCUGUCGACUUCCUUCCCUCCCACCGCAUGGCUUUCAAAAUUAACCUUUACAUCAUAAAUGUGGGGUUCUUGUUUUUGUUUGUAUACCACGGUACUUAUUUUUCUGUUUUUAUAUGGUAAACCACCCUGUGCUCCUCCAAUGAAGAGUGGCUUAGAAACUUAAUAAAUAAUAAUAUACCAUAAUGGCCUUAGAGAGUAAAAUAGCCAACGUUGUCAUGAAUUGCACUCAUAACAAUGUGUGUGUUUGAAUUAAAAUUCCUCAGAAUAAACAGGCAGCCCAUCCGCAACCGCUUGUCACGUUGCGGUGUGACCAAGAAGCCAAACCAGAGCAGGCCUGAUCCUCAGCGGCCAUUAGGAGGAGAGGAGCAGAGCAGAGUCUGGAGCCGGGGCCCCAAAUGUAUGUGGGGAUAGUAAGAAGAAUAAUGGCCUUGUUCCUGACCAACAUUCAGCGGCAGAUCCCUGCUGGGGAUCUUGUGAUCCCCUCCCUUCUUGUUCUGCUCCUGUCUGUUGGGGCAUCUGCAGGACACUUAAUAAUAAUAAUAAAUUUUAUUUACACCCCGCCCUCCCCAGCCAAAACAGGGCUCAGGGCGGCUAAUACCAAAAACAAUUGAUUGAAAUGCAGCUUAAAAAACAAGAUUAAAAUACAACAUCAAAACAUUAAAAUGCAGCCUCAUUUCAGUGGAAACUCAAUCAAAAACUUUUUUGGGGAUAAAAACGUCAAAUCUUCACCAAGGCCAACUAUCCAGACUGGCCCUACAUGGGCCAGAAAAAAAGCCAGGGAAGUCCCCAAAUAGGAGUUCCAUCACAGAAGGAGAAAGGAGAAAAGAAAGAGGGGGAGGGAAUCAAAUUGAUUCUUAGCCUCCUCACUUUGUCCAUGUCAGGCAUAGACAAACUCCGGCCCUCCAGAUGUUGGGGACUACAACUCCCAUCAUCCCCAGCUAACAGGACCGGUGGUCAGGGAUGAUGGGAAUUGUAGUCCCAAACAUCUGGAGGGCCGGAGUUUGCCUAUGCCUGGUCCAUGUCAUGGAAGGCACCAGGUCUACUUACAUGGGUGAUAGUAGUGGUUGCCAUUCCUCCCAAUGGAGCAGGUGGAGACUUUUCCCUCUGUGUGCACUGUGCUAACAGAUCCAGGAGUGAACCAUUUCUGAGUCCUGUUAUGGACACUGGUUUUUUUCUUGGGGGGACGUUGUGCAGGUUUGGGGCAGGUUGGAAGAGGGGAGGGGGUAAGAAAAGUCUGCACCCCUCUUUUGGGUCUUAAAGGAUCACAUUCCAUAGAAGGCAGAGGUAUUUUAAGGUGGGUGGCAAGAUGGAGGUGGGGGUGAGCUUCCUUGAGCAAGAAAAAGAUCCAAAAGUCUCCCGUCUUUGGUAUUGUUUCAGGGAUGGGAACGGGCAGUUUAUACCAUCUAUGAAAGCGGUCAGCAAACUUUUUCAGCAGAAAACACAGUCCUGUGUCCUGGGCCAGGUGUUUUUCUGUAACUGUGUUUCCCAGGUGCAAGAUAAAGGCUGCCCUUUGAGACUGCAGGCUUCUUUUUUGUUCUCAGGUACAAUAAAGCCCCGUGGAAUGUUUGUCCCCAGGUUAAUAUUCGUUUACCUCGGCAAACAGGUUGCAUUGCUGAUUUGGGUAGCAGGUGAAUUCCGCCCAUGUUGGUCUAAACCUUUGGGCUAACAAAGUUGAGAAAACUACAGUUCCCAGAAUUCCUUGGGGGAAUCCGCCAUGACUGUUUAAAGCAGCACCAUGGAGCUUUUAAUAAUAGUAAUAGUAAUAAUAAUAAUAAUAAUAAUAAUAACAACAACAAUAACAAUAAUUUAUUAUUUAUACCUGGCCCAUCUGGCUGGGUUUCCCCAGCCACUCUGGGCGGCUUCCAAUAAAACACUAAAAUACAAUAACCUAUUAAACAUUAAAAGCUUCCCUAAACAGGAAUGUAUGGUGUGGACCAGGCAUCCCCAACCUUCGGCCCUCCAGAUGUUUUGGGACUACAACUCCCAUCAUCCCAGACCACUGGUCCUGUUACCUAGGAAUGGUGGGAGUUGUAGUUCCAAAACAUUUGGAGGGCCGAGUUUGCCUAUGCCUGGUCUAAACUACCCUUCUCCAGGCUGGACCCCCCCAGAUGUUUCAGGCUUCAGCCAAACAUCUGUCCAAAACAUAUGGAGGGCAGCAGGUUAAUUCAGGGCAAUUGAAUGUGUUUCCCUGACUUGCGGAGCGCGAAGACAGAUCAGGUGCCUUCAGUCUGCCUCGCGAGUAAAGCCUAGUUCACCUGCUGGAGUUCCAGUCCAUGCAGAGGAAUUUGCAAUGGGUCGACCGCCAGUUGUGUCUGCAACUAGGGAGGGCAGCCAUGGGGCAGCUGCUCCAAGUUUCUGGAUUUGGCUUCCAAUACUCCUUCUUUGCUAGGGGAAAUAACGGCUGGCAAACGCAGGCUGUCCCAGAAUAAGCCCAGAGUUUAGUCUCAGGGCGCAAGCUUUGAACACAGAAAACAACCCGAGUUUCUGCCCUGAGCAUCUCUGGGUUAGGAAAUACUUCUCUCUCUGCCGGAGGAUUAUUGUGCCAGAUCAGCCUCCCCCCAGCUUUGUGGCCUCCCAGAGUUUUGGAUUCCUGACUCCCAUCAGCCCCUGCCGGCAUGGACAAAUGGGCAGGGAUGAUGGGAGUUGUAGCGCAGAUCACCUGGAACUUUGAUUGGCAUAUAAUCUGACUCCGUAUAAAGCAGUUUCAUACCCUUAACUAAGAGGAGAAAUACGUGGAGCUGAGACAACAGAGAGGGGCAUUAAUGAUAAAUAACAAUAAUUAAUUUUUAUUUAUACCCCGCCCUUCCCGGUUCAGAAAACUGGGCUCAGGGCGGCUAACAACAAAUUUAAAACACUUUAAAAGGGUGGUUUCAAAGCUCUGCUGCAAACAGUCUUAAACUAGUUACAAAGUAGACGUUGGCAAAAUACAAAAUAACACAUUGCUUUUAAACAGGAUCGCAGUUCCUUAUUCUUUUUGUUCUUAGUGAAUAAUAAUAAUAAAAUUUUAUUUAUACCCCGCCCUUCCCGGGUCAAAAACCAGGCUCAGGGUGGCUAACAACAAAUUUAAAACACUUAAUUAUAAAAGCAGCAUAAAAUGCGGUAUAAAAACAUGAAUAACAAUAAAAUUCAAAAAUCAAUCAAUCAGAUAAUCCCCAGGGCUAGCUGGCUGAAUUGGUCCUACUUGGGCCAGCGAGGAGGCCAGGGAGAAUUAGCUGUGGGGUCUCAGAGCGGAUGAUCUUCAUAAAAGGGGAGAGGGAGGGAAGAGAAGGGAAAUAAAAGAUCAGGCUGAAUUCAAAUUAAAGGCCAGGAGGAAUAGCUCUGUCUUACAGGCCCAGUGGAAGGAGGUCAAAUCCUGUAGGGCCCUGGUCUCAUGGGAUAAAGCAUUCCACCAGGUCGGAGCCACCACUGAGAAGGCCCUGGCCUUGGAGGAUAGUCUGACUUCCUUCGGGCCCGGGACCUCCAAACUAUGGUUGUACAUGGAUCUUAAGGCCCUCUGCGGGGCAGACCAGGAGAGGCAGUCCCGUAGAUACAGCUAAACAUCAGGCAACCCUAACCCUAGAUGGUCCUCAGGCUGUGGUUUAGGAUCCGCAGCGGUCGGGGGAGGGAGGAGAUAUAUGUUGCCUCACCUGCUGGUCCCACAACCUUCCUCUCUCCCACCUCCCACCCUGCUGCAAUGCUUAUUGAACAUUAUAUGGUGCACUUUGAGUGUUGCACUGUUCUCAUCUCAGGCCUCUGCCGUUGGUAUUAUCCCCAUAAUGCAGACAGGGGAGACUGAGGGUAGUGACCUGCCCAAAACUGCCCAGCGGCUUCCUGUCUGGCCUGUGACUUCGCCCUGGCUUUCAUUCCUGCCUUCUGAGCUUGCAUUCUUUGGAAAUUUAACCCACGGGGACGCACAGCCCGUAACACAAGGCUGCUCGUGUUUCCUCACCGCUCAGCAUCUCUUUCUCCCCAGGAGCAGGCUGAAAUUUUCCACUUGCAAGUUGUCACUCUGCUGAGGCUAAGUGGGUGUUUUCAUUGCGAGUCAGAACCAGAGGAGACGUCCUUGCGUGGGGGCCUGGAACUACUUUGGGGAGGAACGAGCCCAAUUGAGGGUGUCUCUAAUCAAUCCAUUUUUGCUGUUCUUCCUUUUCAGAACCAAACACAGAACCUGUUUGUCUUACCCAAAACAAUGUUUAAGGACACCCAGAUUAUCCUCAAAUGUAAGUUCUGGUGCUGUUAUAAAAGGGAAUCAGCUCACCUGUGCAAAGACUUAUCUUGUGUCCCACUCCUGUUGAGAAACUUCCAUCCUCAGGAAAGAUGCUUUAGUGGUGCGAUACGCUCCUAGGGUUCGUCUUAUUUCCCACUAAGACCAGGGCCUUUACUGUGGUGGCUCUGGGGUGCACCAGCGAUACUGGCAUUUAGGCCUCCCAAUUCAGAUAUAGGACGGAGGGGAACCUGGCUUGACAGCAGUGCAUGCAAAAAGGAUGUAGGGCAGCCUUCUCAGCCUGUGGGUCCCCAGAUGUUGUUGGACUACAACUCCCAUCAGUCCUAGCUAGCAAGGCCAGAGCUCAGGGAUGAUGGGAGUUGUAGUCCAACAACAUCUGGGGACCCGCAGGUAGAGAACCGCUGAUCUAGGGGUUUUAGCUUAACAGUGUGAUGCAGUUGUAAAAAAGGUAAUGCUAUUCUAGGCUGCAUCAACAGAGGUCUAGUGUCUAGAUCAAAGGAAGCCUGGAGUCCUAUGUCCAGUUCUGGGCACUGCAAUUUCAGAAAGAUAUUGACAAGCUGGAAGGUGUUCAGAGGAGGGCGACUAAGAUGAUCCAGGGUCUGGAAACCAAGCCUGAUGAGGAACAGUUGAAGGAGCUAGGUCUGUUUAGCCUGGAGAAGAGACGACUGAGAGGUUAUUUGCCAGCCAUCUUGGGUUGUCAUGUGAAAGAUGGAGCAAGCUUCUCUUCUGCUGCUCCGGAGGGUUGGAGCAGAACCAAUGAAUAAUAAUAAUAAAAUUUUAUUUAUUUCCCGCCCUCCCCAGCCGAAGCCGGGCUCAGAGCGGCUAACAACAGUAAAAGUAACACAGUUUACAUAAAAUCACAGUUGAUUAAUUGAAAUUCAUUCUAAAAUCAAUUCAGAAUCAAAUUAAUGGCAACCAUUGGGCUAGAGUUCUAUGAGGAUUACUGAAGGAGGGGGUCAGGCUGUGCCCUGGCCAAAGGCCUGGUGGAACAACUCCAUCUUGUAGGCCCUGCGGAAAGAUGUCAAGUCCUGUAGGGCCCUAGUCUCUUGGGACAGAGCGUUCCACCGGAUCAGAGCCACAGCUGAAAAAGCCCUGGCUCUGGUUGAGGCCAGCCUAACCUCCCUGUGGCCCAGGACCUCCAAGAUGUUUUUGUUUGAAGACCGUAAGGUCCUCCGUGGGACAUACCAGGAGAGGCGGUCCCGUAGGUACGAGGGUCCUAGGCCGCAUAGGGCUUUAAAGGUCAAAACCAGCACCUUAAACCUGAUCCUGUACUCCACCGGGAGCCAGUGCAGCUGGUAUAGCACUGGGUGAAUGUGUUCCCGUGGCAAGGACCCCGUAAGGAGCCUCACCGCGGCAUUCUGCACCCGCUGGAGUUUCUGGAUCAGUCUCAAGGGCAGCGCCACGUAGAGCGAGUUACAAUAAUCCAGUCUGGAGGUGACCAUUGCAUAGAUCACAGUGGCUAGGUCAGGGCGAGAGAGAUAAGGGGCCAACUGCUUAGCUUGGCGGAGAUGAAAAAACGCCGCCUUUGUUAUAGCUGCAAUCUGCGCCUCCAUGGAAAGGGAAUUCACAGGAUAGGAAAGGUGAUUCCGACUAAACAUGGGGAAGAACUUUGUGGCUGUAAGAGAUGUUCGGCCAUGGAACGGACACCCUCAGGAGCUGGUGAACUCUCCUUCGUUGGGAGGUUGUUAAGCAGAGCCUAGGUGGCCAUCUGUCAUGGAUUCUCUAGCUGUGAUUCCUUCAUUGCAGGGGGUUGGUCUAGAGGACCUUUGCGGGUCCCUUCCAAAUCUACAAUUCUAAUUUCACCCAGGCUUUCUCCGAAGGAAUGAUCCAGCUCUCUUUACUGACUUUGUGAUAUACAGUACUUGUUUCAUGGUGGUUUUUUUAUUGUUGGCUUUAUGCCAUCUAACACCACGUUAUUUUUUCCUGCCCUUGGCAGUAACGUAUGUGUGUGUUUGUGUGUACAGAUAUACAUUCACAGAUAAAUAAAUUAAUGCAUUAGGUCCUUGAGAUCCACAAAUUACAACAUCUUGGAGGUCCCAGGUCUCAAGGUGGUUAGAUUGGUCUCAACUAGGGCCAGGGCCUUUUCAGUGCUGGCCCCGACUUGGUGGAACGCUCUGUCCCAAGAGACCAGGGCCCUGCGGGACUUGACAUCUUUCCGCAGGGCCUGCAAGACAGAGCUGUUCCGCCUGGCCUUUGGUUUGGACUCGGUCUGACCCUUAUGUUUCCCUCCCCUUAUGGUCUUGAUUUAUAGGCUACUUUUAAAAUGAGGCUGCAUUUUAAAUGGCAUUUUAACCUGUAUUUUAAAUUGGGUUUUUUUCUUUUGUUUUCCCCCGUAUUAUGUUUUUCCUGUGAUUUUAUUGGUGUUAGCAGCCCUGAGCCCGGCUCUGGCCGGGGAGGGCGGGGUAAAAAUAUUUAUUAUUAUUAUUAUUAUUAGCCUCAAAGGUAAGGCAGAUCAGGGCUCAGUUUCACGCCUGGUUAGCGCCAGACGCUUGCUGCCCUCCUGGCGGCUUUGCCUAAUGCUUCUUUCCCUUUGCAGUUGUGGAGAAGAACUGUGUCACCCCCGAUUUGUCCCUGAACAUCACCUGGUACCUCCGCAGCUCCCACUGCCACGACGAGGUCUACAUAGACGUGAGCGACCGGCCCCUUCUUUGCUUGUGGGGUGGAACUGGGGCGGGUUGAAGAGUCCAUGAGAAGCCCAGGGGCUUCUGGGGUGUCUGUGGGCGGUGCAGAGUUAGACUGAGGAACUCCCUCCCACAGGAGCGCCACCAACACAGGGGGCUUUAAAAGAGCAUUUGACGAAUCCGUGAAAGAGAAGCCUGUCGAUGGCUGCUAGCCAGGACGUCUGUGCUUUGCCUCUGUGGUUGAAGGCAGCAGUGCUCCUGAACCCCCUAUUUUUAGUUUUUGUUUUUUUAAAAAAUAUUUUUUAUUUAAUGAUUUUAUGUUACUAAAAACAAUACAACCAUACUACCACUAAAUAUAAUUAAGAAAUAAAAAUUACAUACAUCAAUAUUUAGUUUAUUUGUUAUUUACCGUCUUAUUUCCUCCCAAACAUUCCAUGCAAAAACACACAUAUGUGCAGACACCCACAAUAUUUUUUCCCCUUUUAUCUUCCAAAAUCUUUUCUUCAACUUUGACUUCCUGUCAAGUCCCUUUGCAUAUAUUUUAUCUUACAAUCGGAUGUACACAAAACAAUACACCUUUCUAUAUAAAUUUUCCAAUACAUUCUGAAAACAUAAUAAAUCCUUAAUUGUUGUUCACCUCCUUUUAGUUCCUUUAUCACUCGAAUGCUAGUACGGAGCCAAAACUAUUAUUGUAUUUUUGAACCAUUCUAUAACCAUCCCAUUUUUCCGCAAAUUUUUGCUUUGAGUUUCCUCUGAGUUUACUAGUUAAUUGAGCCGUCUCCACCAAUUCCUGUAAUUUGAUUUGCCAUUCUGUUAUUUUUGGAGCCCCGUGAUCUUUCCAUCCCUUGGCCACAAGUAUACGAGCCGCUGCAGUUGCAUAAAAGAAUACCUCUCUUAGAUUUUUGGUGAUCUCUUUAUCUAAAAUACUUAAUAGAAAUGCCUCUGGUUUUUUAGUAAAAGUUAUCUCCAUCACCUUUUUUAAUUCAUCGUCUAUUUCCCCCCCCCAAAAUCUUAAUCUUUUCACACGUCUGUUUUUUAGUUUUUGGACAACCCGUUUCUCAGUUUCCUCCUCUGCCCUCUCAGGAAUCCAAGGCAGACCAAUACCUAAGCCAUCACGAAACGGAGGCCAGCGUCGCCGGAGGCGGCCAGUACAUUUGGUACACGACCCUGGUCCAGUGCAGCCAGCUCAAUGAGGUGGGCAAUGCAAAAUGGCGGGCGGCAAGUCGCUGGGAUGCGGGUGGAGCGAGAUCGGUUUAAUGGGGAAUGUGGCUGCGUUGGGGAGGGCUGGCCUUUGUACGGAGCAGGAAAGAGGAUUUGUGUCUGCAGAAGGAAGGAAGAUUUGGGGGGAGCCCAGGGCGGCCUGCGGAGAAGCCUUGUUCCUGCUCCUUCGCUAACGGGAUGAAGGUGAUCAGCGGAGGAGGAAAGAUUUUGAAAGGAAACCGGACGGGGGGAGCAGCUUUCGGGCAAAGUGUGUGUUGUCGUGGCCCAGUUUGCUCAGUGCAACCCAGUGAACGUUUGGGUUUCCGGGCUGAAGAUUGCGACCCCUUCGCUCCUCCUUGGUUCUUUCCUUUUAAUGUUUUAAUGUCUCCACCCCCAUUGUUCAGCCCGGACACUGAGGUCCAGCUCCGAGGGCCUUCUGGCGGUUCCCUCCCUGCGAGAAGCCAAGUUACAGGGAACCAGGUAGAGGGCCUUCUCGGUAGUGGCACCCGCCCUGUGGAACGCCCUCCCACCAGAUGUAAAAGAGAACAACAACUACCAGACUUUUAGAAGACAUCUGAAGGCAGCCCUGUUUAGGGAAGCUUUAAAUGUUUAAUAGGCUAUUGUAUUUUAGUGUUCUUUUGGAAGCCGCCCAGAGUGGCUGGGGAAACCCAGCCAGAUGGGCGGGGUAUAAAUAAUAAAUUAUGAUUAUGAUUUUGUUGUAUUUAACCUUGUUUUUUAAGAUGUAUUCCAAUCAACUUGUUUUUAUUAUUGGUUGUUAGCCGCCCUGAGCCCGGCCUUGGCUGGGGAGGGCGGGGUAUAAAUUAUUGUUAUUAUUAUUAUUAUUAUUAUUAUUAUUUACUUGGGGAGGAAGCCUGAGGAGCGUGGAGGGAAAAGUGGCUUCUCUUUGGACCAAGUAGAGGUAGAAAUCUGGUCCAAUUUUUCAGCCAAGGGUUUAUCUCCAGAUUAGGAGAUUGUGGUGUGCGUUUUCCCUGAGGAAAUGAAAAUCGUGGUGGAGGGGCUUCUGUCGGGAGAAAAGAACAGGGCGCUAACAACUGGCUGUCUCCCUUUCUCUUUCAGCUGCACUUCCCAGAGCUGCCGAAGCCCCAAAAGCUGCAGCCUUUCAAGGAGCCAGGCGUGGUCAGUUCGGUCAGUGGAGAGUCGGGGAACUGGGGGGACGGGACUGGACUGUGAUCUCAUCCUAGACAGAAGUCCCUGGCCUUGUUAUUGCUGCCCGACGACAUAGUGAGGGGCUGCAGGCUUGCUUUAAAGGAGGGGGUUGGGUUGGAUGGCCAUUAAACUGUGGAACUCCCUGCCACAAGGGAGACAGGAUGCUGGACUAGAAGGGCCACUGGCCUGAUCCUGCAGGCUCUCCUUAUGUUCUUUCUCGUACCUACGGGACCGCCUCUCCCGGUACGCCCCACGGAGAGCCUCAAGGUCCAUAAAUAGCAACACCCUAGAGGUCCCGGGCCCUAAGGAAGUUAGAUUGGCUUCAACCAGAGCCAGGGCCUUUUCAACACUGGCCCCGGCCUGGUGGAACGCUCUGUCUCAUGAGAUCAAGGCCCUGCAGGAUCUGAUUUCUUUCCGCAGGGCCUGUAAGACAGAGUUGUUCCGCCUGGCCUUUGGCUUGGAGCCAAUUUGAUUCCCUUCCCCUCUUUCUUUCCCCCCCCCUUUCUUCUGUGUUGGAACUCCUAUUUGGGGACUUCCCUGGCUUUUUUCUGGCCCAUGUAGGGCCAGUCUGGAUAGUUGGCCUUGGUGAAGAUUUGACGUUUUCAUCCCCCAAAAGGUUUUUGAUUGAGUUUCCACUGAAAUGAGGCUGCAUUUUAAUGUUUUAAUGUUGUGUUUUAAUAUUGUUUUUUAAGCUGUAUUUCAAUCAAUUGCUUUUAUAUCUGGUGUUAGCUGCCCUGAGCUCUGUCUUGGCUGGGGAGGGCGGGGUAUAAAUAAAUUAAUUAUUAAUUAUUAAUUAUUAUUAUUAUUAUUAUUAGAGCAACAGCAGGGGAAGACGCUUACUCGCCUUAUGGGAUUUCUGGAAGCAAGCAGCCCUGUAUCGGGUAGACCUUAGGCCUGAUCCACAAGCUCUUCUUCCGCUCAGCGCUGCAAGUGCUACUCUUAACCGCGCUCCCGGGGCCCCCGAAGCCAGCCUUAAAUGAAAUUCAGUGGUGCGAUGGAUCUUCCCACUAGGCCAGAUGGCUCUUCCCUAAAUAGGCAGGGUGUUUCUGUGCCAUUCAGCAUGGUGGUGGUGGGGGGGGGGGGAGCAAAGCCAGAAGGAAAGUGGGCAGUGCAAAUUUUACCAUUGUGGGGUAAGCUGGUUUCCAUGGAUACUCGAACACUCCUCUCUCUCCUCCAUCAGAGGAAGCCAGAGCUAUUAUCAGUGCAGUCCAGCCAGGAAAAACAAACUCUCAAGGCGGGGGGGCAGGGGGGGAGAAAGCUGGGGGGGGAGUGUGGCCUGAGAGAGAGUCCCAAAUGGGAGGGGGAGGGUAGCAUUAAUAAUAAUAAUAAUAAUAAUAAUAAUAAUAAUAAUAAUAAUAAUAUUACAGUGGUACCUCUGGAUACGAAUGGGAUCCGUUCUGGAGCCCCGUUCGCAUCCAGAAGUGAACACAACCCGCAUCUGUGCGUGCGUGGGUCGCAAUUCACCUCUUCCGUGCAUGCGCAUGAUGUCAUUUUGACCAUCUGCGCAUGCGCGAGCGGCAAAACCUGGAAAUAACAAGUUCUCUUACUUCCGGGUCGCCGCGGAGCGCAAUCCGAAAGCGUUCAACCUGAAGCACAUUUAAUCCGAGGUAUGACUGUAUUAUUAUUAUUUAUACCCCACCCAUCUGGCUUGGUUUCCCCAGACACUAUGGACGGCUUCCAAGCAAAUUUUAAAAACACAAUACAGCAAUAAACAUUAAAAACUUCCCUUCCCUGGCCAGACUCCAAAUUCCCCUCCCCCCCGGUAUAACAACAGAUAUUGUCGGUGGCUUUGCUGCAACCCUGUGGAUGAUCUGCCCGAUUUUCUCCGAAAUCGCUGACUGCUGGGUACCAGAUGCAGUUUCCCUUGUUUGCCACCCCCUCUUUCAGUGGGUGAGAGAGAGAAGGGUAUUUGAAGAGCAAUUGUAACCAACAAAUUAGGCUAGUAGGACUACAAGAAGUUUUGUAGGGAGAAAUAUAAGAAGUGUUACAAAAUAGAUAAACAAAUAGAGAUGAUUGGUUAUAAGUUUUAAAUGUAAUAAGAAAAGUAAGAAAUGUAUACUAAGAGAUGAGAUUGGAAAAUUUACAGACAGGACCGAUGGAAGUAAAAAAAAAUUGAAUAAGUUGUAAAAGCAUGUUUAACUACUGUUGAAAAUGGUAUGUUAAUACUAAUAAAAAAUUAUAUAUAUAAAAGAGAGAGAGAAGGGAUAUUUUCCCCUUCUUGGGAUCCUUUCAAUUUGCAGGCAUGGCGGCUCCCAAGAGCGAUAGGUGGACUGAUUCCUCCAAGAGACGCCACCCUUUCGUUGGCGCUCCCACCCUUUUCCCAAUGCCCAUUUUCCCGUUUCACCCGCAGCCCCAGUCGGGAGUGAAGAAGAGGGAGGCUCCCAAGCAGGCAGAAGAAAAGGCCGUGGGGAAGGAAACUGGAGCCACACAAGUGAGCAAGGAUGUUGCGCAGCCGGCUGCCUCGGCCAGCGAGAAGGAAGACAAAGGCACCGCGAAGAGCGCAGUGGCGAAGAAGCAGAAGUUAGAGGUUGGUUGUUGUUGUUUAGUCGUUUAGUCGUGUCCACCUCUUCGUGACGCCCUGGACCAGGGCACGCCUGUCUUCCAUCGCUUGAUCCAACUCAUGCUGGUAGCUUCGAGAACACUGUCCCACCACCUCGUCCUCUGUCGUCCCCUUCUUCUUGUGCCCUCCAUCUUUCCCAGCAUCAGGGUCUUUUCCAGGGAGUCUUCUUUUCUCAUGAGGUGGCCAAAGUAUUGGAGCCUCAGCUUCAGGAUCUGUCCUUCCAGUGAACACUCAGGGCUGAUUUCCUUCAGAAUGGAGAGGUUGGAUCUUCUUGCAGUCCAUGGGACUCUCCAGAGUCUCCUCCAGCACCAGAAUUCAAAAGCAUCCAUUCUUCGGCGAUCAGCCUUCUUUAUGGUCCAGCUCUCACUUCCAUACAUCACUACUGGGAAAACCAUAGCUUGAACUAUAUGGACCUUUGUUGGCAAGGUGAUGUCUCUGCUUUUGAAGAUGCUGUCUAGGUUUAAGGUUCAAGGUUUAAGAUGCUGUCUAGGUUUGCUGGCCCUUAAGAUCUACCUAAAGAUUAACAAACUACAUCAAAACUACCUUCCAUCUUUAUGACCCAGGAUGCCUGGUGAAGCAACUGGCCUGUGUUUAGAAUGCUGAUACAUGCCUGUCAGGCAAAGAAACAGGACAGAGAUGCAGAGGUGUUGAUUGAUCAAAAAUCCUAUCAAAAUGGCUCAAAGCCAGUCAACGCAAGGCUUUCAUUGCGGACACAAAUGGCUUGCUUCAUAUUUUUUGUAAUUCCUCAUAGCAAUCCCACCUGAUCGCUAAAGGGGAGGGCUGCCAAAGGCUGUUUGUCAUGAAGGCCAUGCCAUGCCCUCUGCGGUUGGCGCGGAGUCCCAGAACCUUGGCUGACCCGGGGGGUUUUUCCGGGGGGGUUCUUUCCAGGUUUCGACGGUCGCCGUGACCUGGGAGGACGGGCCUUACGUCUUCAUCCUCAGGAUCUUCAGCGACAAGAACCCGUCUCCUAACUGGGAGAUCAAAAGUGAGUGAAACGGCGCAGCUUUUCCGUGGGCGGCGAGGGUUGAGAUCAGUCAGCGGAGCGGCGUUUGAGUCGGUGGGGAAAGCUUUGCCUUCGCGCAAGAAACGACCCGGGCUGUUCUGUUCCCGGCAUUAGAUACCCGGGUGAAGAGAUGGGCUUUGUUUUCCAGCUCUGUUGUGUACAGUGCAGGGUGGAUAAAACUCAAUGGUUUUUUUAAAAAAAUAGUAAUUUAAAAAAUCAGAUUUAUACAAUACAGUAUAUAAAGAAUAGAAAUGAACAAAUCAAUUAUAUCAAAUAGAUUUUAGGGCUUUGAAUCAAUGGUCAGAUAGUGGGUCUUAUUCUGAUUGCCCCAGCUAAAAACCUUGCCACCUUUGCUGUCACCUGCUCAUCUUGAUCUGCCAAGAGAAAGGACAUUGUGGCAGUGGUUGGGAGACCCGGAAUGGGCAAUAAAAGAGAGGUGAUAAUCUCAUUCCUCAAGUCUUUAUCAAGAGUGCAAGCUAGAAGGGAAUGCACCACCGAUUUGCAAGUGCCAUCUCCACAGGGACAUAAGCAUUUCUCGUGUGGAAUCUGUUGGAAUCGUCCCUCAAGUCCAGCCAAGGGCAAGACAUUCAAUCUUGCGAGAGUAAAAAUGCGUCUGUAUUUUAGGAUUGCUUGGUUAUGCAGAGAGGGUGCCAGAGAGUCGAAAUGGGAAGGUGGAAAAUAGUCAUACCAUGGGCAAAAUUUCCUUAUUGUGGCCAAGUUGUUCUGACGCUCGAUAUCAUUUAGGUGCUAGCAAAUUAGACUGUUUGCUUGACUAAAAACCACAGUGAGUAGCUGUUGUGGUGAUAAAACACAAGAGUGAAGUUUUUGAUAGACAGUUUUAGUCCAGGCGCUUUUGGGAUUUUGCAGCACGAGGGAUAUUAGACCGGGGGGAUUUGAGUUUAGGCAAAGCCAAUAGUUGAGUGUCCUACGCCAGAUCCAUCAUUCUACCAAGGGAAGAUUAGCCUCUGGGCGCAAUGAUGUGUUUGGGACACAGGGUGGGACAGAGGAAAUUUGCCUUAAGAGCAGUGACUGGACAGCUUCUGUAGACCCAAGGCGAGUGCCUGUCCAAAUCUGAGCCCUGUACAAAAUAGCUGUGCUGGCGGAUUAGCUUGGAACUCUUCCAGGACUGAGGCUAUAUGUUUGCCACCUUUUAUGUGGCGAAAGCUAUCAGAAUUUUGGUGCCUCCUCUCCCGUGGCCCCUUCCGCUCACCUGACUCCUUUCCCCCUCCAACUUUCAGUUGAUGUGCAGAUGAAGCAUCCUGACCACCAGUACAUCUCUGCCUCCGAGUGGCCUCUGAUGGUGGUGAGUUCUUUUCCUCCCCGUGGGUUCCCCCUGUGGGGCUUGGCAAUGCUUCGUGUGGGUUCGGCGGGCAGCUCAGAGAGACCGACAACCAGCACAGCCGUUUCAAAACAAAGAGACACCUGGCCGAUGAUGCGCUUUGGACCAUUCAAAGUUUCCGAGUCGUCUCCAAGGGCAGCCCCACGUAGAGCACAUGGCAGUAGUCCAGCCUGGAAGCUGGCGGAGUACAGCGGCCAAGACACCUCUGUCCAGUAGUUGCCGCUGUGUCAGGAUUCCUGUCUUGACCCAUUUCUAUAUACUGUGUCAGUUUCCAGGUGUUGGGACUACAGUUCCCAGCAUCCAGUGUGGCCCGGUCGCCAUGGAUGAUGGGAGUUGUAGUCCCACAAGGUCCAGAGGGCCUCCAGCCUUAUCCCUCUCCUGCCCUUUCCUCCCCUCCGUAGUUCUACAUGGUGAUGUGCAUUGUCUACGUGCUUUACGGGGUCCUCUGGCUGGUCCUGCUGGCCUGCUACUGGCGAGACAUCCUUCGCAUCCAGUUCUGGAUUGGCGGCGUCAUCCUCCUGGGAAUGCUAGAGAAGGCCGUCUUCUACGCCGAGUUCCAGAGCAUCCAGAGCCAAGGGACCUCAGGUCAGUGGGGACUUGCCGAUAGCGACGUGCUUUGCAAUACAGUGGGCGCUCGGGUUGCGAACGGGAUCCGUGCGGGAGGCACGCUCGCAACCCGCAGCGUUCACAACCUACAGUGGUGUGUCUGCGCACACGCGGGUUGCAAUUCGGAGCUUCUGCGCAUGUGCAAUUUAGCACUUCUGCGUAUGCGCGACCCCCCAAAACCCGGAAGUAACCCCUUCUGGUUUUCGGCAGUCUGUAACCCGAAAAUCGCAACCUGAAGCGUCUGUAACCUGAGGUAUGGCUGCUCAUACACACACACAGAGUUCCCAGAAUUCCUUGGGGGAAGCCGCCAUGACCGUUUAAAGCAGCACCGUGGAGCUUUAAAUGUAUGAUGUGGACCAGGAACCCCCAACCCGCGGUCCUCCAGAUGUUUUGGGACUACAGUUCCCAUCACCCCUGACUACUGGUCCUGUUAGCGAGGGAUGAUGGGAGUUGUAGUCCCAAAACCGGUGGAGGGCCACAGGUUGGGGGCGCCAGGCGUGGACCUUGCGCGAAGUUUCUGGUUCAUCUCUGCAGGGGCUGCCCCGCAUUUUCGCAGCCUCUGCCUUCUCUCAAAACGGCGCCUUCUCUCCUCCUGCUUUCCAGUUCAAGGGGCGGUGAUAUUUGCCGAGGUCCUGUGCGCCGUGAAGAGGAUGCUGGCCCGGGUUCUGGUCAUCAUCGCUAGCCUGGGAUACGGCAUCGUCAAGUGAGUGUGUCGGCCGGGGAGAGGGAGAGGGGGGCAGCCCCUUGGCCAAAGCGGCGGAGGACACCUGCUUGGUGUGCAGAAGGCCCCAACUUCAGUCCCUGAUGUCGCCAGUUUAUUUUCCUGGGAUGGGGAAGACCUCAUGGAGAUCCUCGGCUAGGGUGGCGGGAGAGCCUUUUCGGUGUUCCCCACCUGAGGGCCAUGUUCCUUUCCGGGGGCCGGAUGGAAGUGGUGGCCGGGGCUAGGGGAGAAAGCAUGUGGGGCAGCCAGUUGCCUAAUAAUAAUAAUAAUAAUAAUAAUAAUUUAUUUAUACCCUGCCAAUCUGGCUGGUCUUCCCCAGCCACUCUGGGCGGCUUCCAACAAAACACUAAAAUACAGUAACCUAUUAAACAUUAAAAGCUUCCCUAAACAGGGCUGCCUUCAGAUGUCUUCUAAAAGUUUGGUAGUUAUUUUUCUCUUUGACAUCUGAUGGGAGGGUGUUCCACAGGGCGGAUGCCACCACCGAGAAGGCCCUGUAACCUCACUUCUCGCAGGGAGGGAACCGCCAGAAGGCCCUCGGAGCUGGACCUCAGUGUCCAGGUAGAACGAUGGGGGUGGAGACACUCCUUCAGGUAUACUGGGCCUUUGAGGCCGUUUAGGGCUUUAAAGGUCAGCCCCAACACUUUGAAUUGUGCUCAGUACUGGGAGCCAAUGUAGGUCUUUCAGGACUGGUGUUAUGUGGUCUCGGCGGCCGCUCCCAGUCCCCAGUCUAGCUGCCGCAUUCUGGAUUAGUUGUAGUAUAGAGCGUGUUGCAGUAGUCAAAGCAGGAGAUAACCAGAGCAUGCACCGCUCUGGCGAGACAGUCCGCAGACAGGGAGGGUCUCAUCCUGUGUACCAGAUGGAGCUGGUAGACAGCUGCCCUGGACACAGAACUGACCUGUGCCUCCACGAACAGCUGUGAGUCCAAAAUGACUCCUAGGCUGCGCACCCGGUCCUUCAGGGGCACAGUUGCCCCAUUCAGGACCAGGGAGUCCUCCACACCCGCCCGCCUCCUGUCCCCCCAAAACAGUCCUUCUGUCUUGUCAGGAUUCAACCUCAAUCUGUUAGCUGCCAUCCAUCCUCCAACCGCCUCCAGACACUCACACAGGACCUUCACCUAGUUUCCAACACACCCUUCUCUAUCAGCCAGCAGAGCAUGAGACCCUUAAUCUCAGGGCUGUGGGUUUGAGCCCCAUCAGGUGUAAAAUAUCCUGCAUUGCAGCGGGUUGGACUAGAUGAUCUACAGGGUCCCUUUUGGCUCUGUGGUUCUGUCCUGCACCCAGGGAAGCAAGGGGCAUUUCCCAGGUGCCUGGGCACUUCCCGGCUGAGUAAACUCGGGUUGCAGAGCAGGGCGUAGGCUGGGGGGUGUUUGAGGGCCACUUAGAAAGGUCUGGAGGGCCACAUCUGGCUCCAGGUCUGAAGUUCCCCACGCCUGCCCCAGCCACUGCCUGUCCGAGUUCUGGAUCAAUUGUCUUCCUUCGGGUUUUGUGCCACUUAGGCCAGCAAACUUUUCCAGCAGGGGGCCGGUCCACUAUCCCUCAGACCUUGUGGGGGGCCGGACUAUAUUUUGGAAAAGAAAAAAAAUGAAUGAAUUCCUAUGCCCCACAAAUAACCCAGAGGUGCAUUUUAAAUAAAAGGACACAUUCUACUCAUGUAAAAACACGCUGAUUCCCGGACCAUCCACAAUGUUUCAUAGAUUAUUAUAUUUUAAUAUUCUGUUGGAAGCCGCCCAGAAUGACUGGGGAAACCCAGCCAGAUGGGCAGGGUAUAAAUGAUGAUGAUGAUUCUCUUGCCUGGGAGACAUUCUCGGAUCAUAGAACUGGUUGCCAGAAUUGCAGCGCUGGGAGGGGACCUCUCAAGGUCAUCUGGCCCAACCCGCUGCGGCACAGGAAUCGCGGCAAAGCGCAGUCACAUUCACAAGAGACCUGCCCCGUUUUUCCGAUGACUCGGCUCCUCAACUUCUGCCCCUCUUUUCUCUCCACAGGCCACGGCUGGGGGCUCUCUUGAAUCGGGUCGUGGGUGUGGGACUGAUGUACUUGAUCUUCUCCAUCAUCGAGGGGGUCCUGCGAGUCAAAUCGGUAAGGGCGGGCGGCACGGGGGGAGGCAGGGAGGGUGUCAUUGGGGGGGGGGUUAAGCCCAGGAACAGCCCUCUCAGCCUGACUGUCCCCCUCCCACCCCAGGAGCAAACUAAAGCCGCCGCGCUCAUCUGUGAAAUUUUCCUGGCGUUUGUGGAUUCGUGUAUCGUCUGGUGGAUAUCCUUUACAAGGGACUAGAAACUUGGCCAGUUUGCCUUCUCUUUGCUCUUCCCUUGCCUUGGAAUGGAGGUUGGGAGGGGGGUUUCUAAAUGAAUGGAGAAGGAUAAAGCUUUGCAAUCUAAUCCGGCAGCCCACAAAGGAUUUCUGUGUCUUCACCCCCAUCGUUCAGCCCGGACACCGGGGUCCAUCUCCUGAGGGCCUUCUGGCCCUUCCCUCCCUGCGAGAAGCCAAGUUACAGGGAACCAGGCAGAGGGCCUUCUCGGUGGUGGCGCCCGCCCUGUGGAACGCCCUCCCAUCAGAUGUCAAGGAAAUACACAACUAUCUGACUUUUAGGAGACAUCUGAAGGCAGCCCUUCAAAACCCAACAAGCCUGCUAUCCCAGCCUGGUUAGCCCCCUAAAAACUCUGAUACCCCAUUUUAAAAUACAAUAUACUCCCAUAGAGACUCCUUACACCGUGUUUAAAACCAAAAUCACAUUUGGGUAGAAGUUGUUUCCCAGGCGGCCGGUCCUAGUUUUAUAACCCAAACGCUUUAUAUCGCGUGGUCGCCUGGAAGCGAAUGUCCGCUCGCCCUAGGCGCCUGGCUUGUUUUGACGAGCUGUUUGUUCUCAGCUGCAAAUCAGCUCGGCUUCCUGCCUGCACUUUGGCCUCCCUUUUCUUUCUGCCUCUCCUCUUCACCACCUCUUUCUCCUUCUUUUCUCUUGUCUCCUCCCCCCCCCCCCCGUUUUAUCGCAGGCGCAAGACGACUUGGUGCUGCUAGCUGCUAUCCCUCUGGCUAUGCUCGACUCUGCCCUCUGCUGGUGGAUAUCCUCUGUGCUCUGCCUGGCCGGGCCCCGACUCUCGUUCAGUUUCGCCUGCAUGUGCCUUUCGGUUUCUUGCCCUCCUCCCCCGAAAAGUCAUUUUUCCAAUGAUCUGCUCCUUUUUCGGGUGGUUGAGCUCCCUGCCCGUAGCGACGCUCCUUAUCUGCUGGGAAGGCGUAG